GGUUCUGUGGAAUCCAGUGCUGAUGCGGCGAUGCAAAAGAAAAUGAGGCGUGUUAAGGACCGAGCGGAUAGAGCAACAGUAGAACAGGUACUCGAUCCAAGAACAAGAUUAGUUCUUUUUCGUCUUCUACAACGUGGAACUUUGACUAACAUACAUGGAUGUAUCUCAACUGGGAAGGAAGCGAACGUCUAUCACGCUAAGGAUGGCAGUACUUCUUUUGCAGUGAAAGUCUACAAAACAAGUAUCCUCACUUUCAAAGAUCGUGAGCGCUAUGUCACCGGUGAAUACAGAUAUCGUACAGGCUACUGCAAACAUAAUCCGCGUAAAAUGGUGGCACUUUGGGCUGAAAAAGAAAUGCGAAACCUCUUGCGAAUGCAUGAAGCUGGUCUUCCAGUUCCAAAACCUGUACUGUUAAAGGGCCAUGUCUUGGUUAUGGAAUUCAUCGGUCAUGAUGGCUGGCCUGCUCCACUAUUAAAAAAUGCGACUCUAACUCUUGAGGUAGCGGAUUCGUUGUAUCUACAACUAGUUCGUGACAUGCGGACGUUAUACCGUACCUGUAAGUUGGUUCAUGCUGAUCUUUCGGAGUACAACAUUCUCGUUCUGGAUGAUCGCCUAUAUAUUAUUGAUGUAUCACAAUCGGUAGAGCAUGAUCAUCCGUACUCUCUACACUUCUUGAGACUAGAUUGUAAUAAUGUCAACAAGUUUUUCAGGAAUCUAUCUGUUUCUGUGCUUCCUACCUGUAAACUAUUUGAGUUGAUCGUCGACCCUUUAGUCACUAACAGAGACACAGUAGUAACUUUAGAUACGUCUGAUGACAUGUUGUUUAUGAAUGCAUUUAUACCUCAGAAACUCGAUCAUGUGUUACAUUUUGAGAGGGAUAGUACACUGUUGAGAACCGGACAAGAAACGAAUAAUCCGUUUCAAAACAUCGUUUCCAAAGUUGACGUGUUGGGAGAAGGUUUUGUUAGAGAUUCUGAAAUUGAUGAAGUUGUUACAAAGGAGCGAAACAAAGUAGUAAUCAACAAGUACUUCAGGGACAAAUCGGAAACACCUGAGCAGCGAAAAGCAAGGAAGCAAGCGAUAAAGGAAGAACAAAGAGAGAAUAGGAAGACGAAAACACCAAAGCAUGUGAAGAAGCGUGCGCAUAGGCAGCACAUGAAGUAG